UGGCAAACGAACGUGUCUCGGCUCUUAUCCUGGGAUCCUGCCUCCUGUUUGUCAACAAAUGCGCAUAAAUUCAAUUGUUGUUCGGUUAUGUCACCCGCUGACAAGUGUACGCAAAUAAAUAUUCAAUUCAAUUCCACUUCUCUUACUCGAUCUGCCAUCUAAAAAUCCGCGCAGUGUAAUACAGCAAGUGUAAUACAGUUCAACAUUCUUGAGCGCAAUUGUAAACAAAUAUUGUAAAAAAGACAAAUAGAGUAGAAAAAAAAAAACAAAAAACAGAAAACAAUUUUCAGCUGAGCAGCUGAGAGUGUGGGCCAGCUAGUUGGUUGGGCUUGUUUAUUUGUUUGUUAAUUUCCGUUUCACUUCUGCCCCCCCGCGUGUUCGGCCAUUGAUUUGGCCGAUAUCAAACGACCUUCAAAACGUUUUGCGUCGAGGCAAUACGCACCAUGGGCUGCGCACAGUCUGCCGAGGAGCGAGCCGCAGCCGCCAGGAGUCGCCUGAUCGAGCGUAAUCUCAAAGAGGAUGGCAUCCAGGCUGCCAAGGAGAUUAAGCUGCUGCUCUUGGGCGCCGGUGAAUCGGGCAAAAGCACAAUAGUCAAACAAAUGAAAAUCAUUCACGAGAGCGGGUUCACUGCGGAGGACUUUAAACAAUAUCGACCGGUUGUCUACAGCAACACAAUACAAUCAUUAGUUGCAAUAUUGCGAGCCAUGCCAAAUCUUAGUAUUCAGUAUAGCAAUAACGAGCGGGAGAGCGAUGCGAAAAUGGUGUUCGAUGUGUGCCAACGCAUGCACGAUACCGAACCCUUCUCAGAGGAGCUGCUGGCCGCCAUGAAGCGGCUCUGGCUUGAUGCCGGCGUCCAGGAAUGCUUCUCGCGCAGCAACGAAUAUCAAUUGAAUGAUUCCGCUAAAUAUUUCCUGGAUGAUUUGGAUCGGUUAGGCGCCAAGGACUAUCAGCCUACCGAGCAGGAUAUCUUGCGCACCCGAGUCAAGACAACCGGCAUUGUCGAGGUUCAUUUCUCCUUCAAAAAUCUCAACUUCAAAUUGUUUGAUGUGGGCGGCCAGCGAUCUGAGCGCAAGAAAUGGAUACAUUGCUUUGAGGAUGUGACAGCGAUUAUAUUCUGCGUGGCGAUGUCCGAAUACGAUCAGGUCUUGCAUGAGGACGAAACUACGAACCGCAUGCAAGAGUCCCUGAAACUGUUCGAUUCCAUUUGCAAUAAUAAAUGGUUCACGGAUACGUCGAUUAUACUGUUCCUGAACAAAAAGGAUCUGUUCGAGGAGAAGAUACGCAAGAGUCCGCUGACAAUUUGCUUUCCCGAAUACACAGGUGGCCAGGAGUAUGGCGAGGCGGCUGCCUACAUUCAGGCCCAGUUCGAAGCGAAAAACAAAUCAACCUCGAAAGAAAUCUACUGCCACAUGACGUGCGCCACAGACACCAACAACAUUCAGUUUGUAUUCGAUGCUGUCACCGAUGUCAUCAUAGCAAACAAUCUGCGCGGCUGCGGCCUGUACUAAGACGUGAUGGCGGGGCUAAACGGGAACCGUUACGGUAUUACAAACAAACAAAAAAAAAAGAAAGAAACAAUUAUGAAAAAUAAUAACAAAAAGAAGAAUAAUACAGCGCGGGAGCACAACAACCCACCAGCAUUGAUCAAAAAAGCAAAUGAUGAUAGAACCAACACACAACAAACAACACACACACACACACACACAAACACACACAAACACACACAAAGCAAAAGCAAAGCCCAAAGAACUUUUAUUUGUUGUAACACACACUCACUCAGAAGAGUAUGAGAAACUGUAUGUGCUUAAAAUAUUAUUGAGACGAGAGUUAGUUGACGAGGCAGCUGACUAAAAGAGAAGAGUAUAAAAAACACAAAACAUUGACAGACGCAGAAAUUCAAGCAUAUUGAAGAGCAUUUUUCCUAUAUUUGCUUUACAUUUGCAUCAUGCAAAGCUACAUGUAUGACAUGAAACGCACACACACACAACAAAAA